AUCUUCUUGCUUCUUAUUCUGUGUGGAGUCACGGAAGCCACCGUGUAGGGGGUUACUAAGGGAGGACGGUAAUGGCGUCAAAACGAGUAGAUGCUCCGGAGCUUCCUGACUUCACCAUACUGAAGAGGCUAGCACGAGACCAGCUUAUCUAUCUUCUGGAGCAGCUCCCGGGAAAAAAAGAUCUGUUCCUUGAACCCGACUUGAUGAGCCCAUUAGAUCGGAUUGCUAAUGUCUCCAUAUUAAAGCAACAUGACAUUGACAAGCUGUAUAAGCUGGAGAACAAACCCAUUUAUACCAACUCCGACCAAGUGUGCUUUCUAAUCCGACCUCGUAUCAAGCAUGUGAAGCAAAUCACCGAUCUCGUCAAUGCAGAUAAGAAAUCAGGUGUGAGCAGGAAGUACAAGAUCAUUUUUAGUCCUCAGAAGUUUUACACAUGUGACAUGAUUCUGGAGCAGGAAGGAGUUUAUGGAGACGUAACCAGUGAUGAAUGGCCUUUUUGUCUCCUCCCCUUGGAUGAUGAUAUCAUCAGUAUGGAGCUACCAGAAUUUUAUCGGGACUAUUUUCUUGAGGGAGACCAACGGUGGAUUGGAACUGUGGCCAGAGCUCUCCAUUUACUGAAUUCAAUCUUUGGACCAAUGUCAAAGGUUUACGGGAUAGGAAGGUGUGCUAAGAUGACAUAUGAAAUGUGGAAAGAGCUCCUUGAUGACGAAGAUGUUAUUCAAAAGGAGAGGAAACCAGAUCUGGGACUUGUCUUCAUGAUAGACAGAGAUGUGGACUACAUCACUCCCCUGUGUUCUCAGGUCGUAUAUGAAGGACUUGUUGAUGAUAUCUUCAGAAUUAAAUGUGGAAGUGUGGAAUUUGGGCCUGAGGUGACCUCCUCUGAUAAAAGUGUGAAAAUUCUUCUGAACGCUCAGGAUAAGGUAUUUGGAGAAAUUCGGAAUGAGCAUUUUUCCAAUGUGUUUAGCUUUCUGAGUCAGAAAGCCCGCAACUUGCAAACUCAAUACGAUAAACGUAGAGGAAUGGACAUCAAACAGAUGAAAACAUUUGUUGCUCAGGAGCUGAAAGGAUUAAAGCAGGAGCAUCGCAUGCUGAGUUUACAUAUUGGAGCCUGUGAGUCGAUCAUGAAGAAGAAAACCAAACAGGACUUCCAGGAGCUACUGAAAACCGAACAUUCAUUACUAGAGGGAUUUAAUGUUCGAGAAAACAUCAGUGUAAUAGAAGAACACAUAAACAGACAGGUAUCACCCAUUGAGAGUUUACGUUUGCUGUGUCUACUGUCGCUCACAGAAAAUGGUUUAAUAGCAAAAGAUUACAGAUCUCUGAAGACUCAAUACUUACAGAGCUACGGCCCUGAGCAUCUGCUGACAUUUUCCAAUCUAAAACGCGCCGGCCUGCUGACCGAACAAGCUCCAGGAGAGACUCUGACUGCCGUGGAGAGCCGAGUGAGCAAACUGGUAACGGACAAAGCUGUAGGAAAACUUACCGAUGCAUUUUUAUCAUUGGCAAAAAAGAGCCAUUUCAGAGGGAUCAGCAAAAAGCUGGGACUAAUCCCUCGUGUAGAUGGAGACUAUGACCUGAAGACCCCAAAGGACAUGGCAUAUGUUUACAGUGGGGCUUACACACCGCUAAGUUGCAAAAUCAUAGAGCAGGUUUUGGUACGUAAAGGUUGGACAGGUCUUGAAGAAGUGACACGUCUACUCCAUAGCAUUGAAUUUGCAGAACAACUCUCGGAGAGAAAUUCUUUUUCGGAUUCUCACAGAACCAUUGUCGUAGUUUUCCUUGGCGGAUGCACGUUUUCAGAGAUCUCUGCUUUGAGAUUUCUAGGAAAAGAAAUAGGUCACAAAUUUGUCUUCCUAACCACAGCAAUUACCAAUGGGGCCCGGCUACUGGAAUCAAUGGCAGAGACCAAGUCAUGAGUCGUCAGUCAUCUUUUCUUUCCAGGACUCCAUCACGGCAUGAACUGUUAGCCACUGGGAUUUUUUUAGGAACUAAAAGCUGUGACCACACGGGAACCUCCUAGUAAUCUAACACAUGAGGUCUCUGUCCAAAUCAUCUGGUGUAUGAAAAAUGAUCGCUCCUCUAGGAAAUGAUUGAAGGUAUCUUGCAGAUGACUAUGGGAUAAGACUGUCCGAAAGAAGCCUCUCCUGAUGUCACUGUCUCAUAUGAUGGAAAUUCUUCAAACGCUUACAUAAAUGGCCUUCAAUUUCCAAUUUUAUUGGAUGAAACUUUUUUCCCUUUUUACUAGACCAUGGGGAUUCUUGUAAAUAUACCAUUUUGGAGAGGCCUAUUCUAUACAGCCCAAAGUUUCUUCUCAUGUGCCAGCUAAUUACAGUACACAUCACACAUCUGAAUGUU